AUGGACCUGAGUUUGUCCCACAAGGGCCUUCAGAGUUUUGAUGCGUCGACGCUAUUGCUUGAGGCUCCUGAAAUUUCUCUCCAAGGGAAGAGUGUCCCAUUAGGGGAACGUUACAUUGCCGUCCGUACACUGGAUUUGUCACAUAAUAGCAUUACCCGCUUUGCGGGGGGCCAAGCUCUUUCUGGGCUGGCGGUUUUGGACCUCUCCAAUAACUUCCUUGACACUCUUGACGCAUCCAGUCUUCCGGGGGGACUAAUACGUUUGAGGUUGGCGCACAAUAAACUGCAAAGUUUACAGGGUUUGUCAGCUUUUGUACCGAAGCUGCAGGAGUUGAACGUAGGUUUUAACCGCAUUACUAGCCGACGUAUCAGCGACCUCCCAAAGGGUUUGGCGAAAUUACUCUGUCGGAGUAAUUUGAUUGAUUCAGUGCGGCCUUUUCUCGGCCUUGCGCACCUUUCUAGCCUCGAUCUGAGCCUCAAUCAAAUAUUCGAUACGAAUGAACUCUCCAGAUUUGGGGAGUUGCGGGCACUUCGUUAUCUUGAGCUACGUGGAAAUCCCGUCAUGAGCGCACCGGAGGCGGUUCCAUCACUCCUCGCUGCAGUACCAAAACUCAUUUCUCUUGACCGCACGCCACUCUCACAAGCGGGGGAGAACCGUAUGUUCAAAGUGAACCGCUCUAGAAGUGCGAAAAGGGAUCAAAGUAAUUCUCGACAGCGGACAAGUAGCAGGUUGCUUUCCAAUGGAUCUGGUAGUAGACGUCAUUAUGGUAAGGGUGAGACGGAAAUGGAGUUACGCCUGUUGGAGACUCGAGUAAAGGAGCUGGCACGGCUUCUGAAGGAUGCAGAAAAGACUGAACUACAGUUGCGAUACCAAAAGAAGAUCUUAAAGGAACAAGUAUCGGCUUGUGCCGGAGUCAUAGAUUCUCAGGCAAUGGAGUUAGAGCGAGUGGGAAGAAGAAUAAAAGAUUUGAAGUGUGAAGAGGCGUCCCUUAGGGAGCCGGUCGCGGAGUUAGACCAAACCUUUGAGCAAACUCAUGCGUCCCUUGUUGCGCACAGAUUAAAUCAGUCUGCCGGCUGUUUCUGA